CGCAGGCGCAGUGCGGAUAAACAGGAAGCGGGCGGUAGAGGUGGUGGCAGAAGAGAGAAAGAGGGUUUUCGAGAGGAAACUGCGGAAGAGCUAAGAUAAUCGGGAGGGCAACCGAGGCUGGGAACAGAAACAGGAGCCUUAGCCAUCAGCUUCCAAGGAAGGACAGGUCACAGCCUCGCUCUCCGCUUAGGCUUCUGGCUCCCCAGCUUAGGCUGAGGCAGUGGGUGACAAAAGGCUUGCGCCAGUGCCGCCGCCCUUCUCAUCCGGGCAUUCGGGUCCCUGCGGAGAGGGAGGGGGAAGACAGAGGGGGAGGGGAAGGAGCAAGGAGAGCGCGUGCUUGGAGCUGAAGCCCUCUCCCGGGCUCCGGGCCUGCGGCCCAACGGACGGAGGCCGAGGAGGACCUGCAGAGGUGGCGGCGGCCGGCAGCAGGAGAAUGGUGCAAAAGGAGAGCCAGGCGGCGCUGGAUGAGCGGGAGAACGAGCUUAGCUCCAACCCUGCUGCCUCCGCGGGGACAUCGUUGGAGCCGCCGGUAGCUCCGGCGCCUGGAGAAGACAACUCGGCGGUGGUCGGGGGAGCAGCAGUGGCUGGGGCGGCAGGAAGGGCUCGGAGGUUCCUGUGUGGCGUGGUAGAAGGAUUUUAUGGAAGACCUUGGGUUAUGGAACAGAGAAAAGAACUCUUCAGAAGGCUCCAGAAAUGGGAAUUAAAUACAUACUUGUAUGCCCCAAAGGAUGACUACAAACAUAGGAUGUUUUGGCGAGAGAUGUAUUCAGUGGAGGAAGCUGAGCAACUUAUGACUCUCAUCUCUGCUGCACGAGAAUAUGAGAUUGAGUUUAUCUAUGCUAUCUCACCUGGAUUGGAUAUCACCUUUUCUAACCCCAAGGAAGUAUCUACAUUGAAACGCAAGCUGGACCAGGUUUCUCAGUUUGGGUGCAGGUCAUUUGCUUUGCUUUUUGAUGACAUUGACCAUAAUAUGUGUGCAGCAGACAAAGAGGUAUUCAGUUCUUUUGCUCAUGCCCAGGUCUCCAUCACAAAUGAAAUUUAUCAGUACCUAGGAGAGCCAGAAACUUUCCUCUUCUGUCCCACAGAAUAUUGUGGCACUUUCUGUUAUCCAAAUGUGUCUCAAUCUCCUUAUUUAAGGACUGUGGGUGAAAAGCUUCUACCUGGAAUUGAGGUGCUUUGGACAGGUCCCAAAGUUGUUUCUAAAGAAAUUCCAGUAGAGUCCAUUGAAGAGGUUUCUAAGAUUAUUAAGAGAGCUCCAGUAAUCUGGGAUAACAUUCAUGCUAAUGAUUAUGAUCAGAAGAGACUAUUUCUGGGCCCGUACAAAGGAAGAUCCACAGAACUCAUCCCACGAUUAAAAGGAGUACUCACAAAUCCAAAUUGUGAAUUUGAAGCCAACUAUGUUGCUAUCCACACUCUUGCCACCUGGUACAAAUCAAACAUGAAUGGAGUGAGAAAAGAUGUAGUGAUGACGGACAGUGAAGACAGUACUGUGUCGAUCCAGAUAAAGUUAGAAAAUGAAGGCAGUGAUGAAGAUAUUGAAACUGACAUACUCUAUAGUCCACAGAUGGCUCUAAAACUAGCUUUAACAGAAUGGUUGCAGGAGUUUGGUGUACCUCAUCAGUAUAGCAGUAGGCAAGUUGCACACAGUGGAGCUAAAGCAAGUGUAGUUGAUGGGACUCCCCUAGUUGCAGCACCCUCUUUAAAUGCCACAACGGUAGUAACAACAGUUUACCAGGACCCCAUUAUGAGUCAGGGAGCAGCGUUGAGUGGUGAGCCUACAGCUUUGACCAAGGAAGAAGAAAAGAAACAACCUGAUGAAGAACCCAUGGACAUGGUAGUUGAAAAACAAGAAGAAACGGACCACAAGAAUGACAAUCAAAUAUUGAGUGAAAUUGUGGAAGCUAAAAUGGCAGAGGAAUUGAAACCAAUGGACACCGAUAAAGAGAGCAUAGCUGAAUCAAAAUCCCCAGAGAUGUUGAUGCAGGAAGAUUGCAUUAAUGAUAUUGCCCCUAUGCAGACUGAUGAACAGACAAACAAGGAGCAGUUUGUGCCAGGUCCAAAUGAAAAGCCAUUGUACACAGCAGAACCAGUGACUCUGGAGGAUUUGCAGUUACUUGCUGAUCUCUUCUACCUUCCUUAUGAGCAUGGACCCAAAGGAGCACAGAUGUUACGGGAAUUCCAGUGGCUUAGAGCAAAUAGCAGUGUUGUUAGUGUCAACUGCAAAGGAAAAGACUCUGAAAAAAUUGAAGAAUGGCGGUCACGAGCAGCCAAGUUUGAAGAAAUGUGUGGACUAGUGAUGGGAAUGUUCACUCGGCUCUCCAAUUGUGCCAACAGGACAAUCCUUUAUGACAUGUACUCCUAUGUUUGGGAUAUCAAGAGUAUAAUGUCUAUGGUGAAGUCUUUUGUACAGUGGUUAGGGUGUCGUAGUCAUUCUUCAGCACAGUUCUUAAUUGGAGACCAAGAACCCUGGGCCUUUAGAGGUGGUCUAGCAGGAGAGUUCCAGCGUUUGCUGCCAAUUGAUGGGGCAAAUGAUCUCUUUUUUCAGCCGCCCCCACUGACUCCUACCUCCAAAGUUUAUACUAUCAGACCAUAUUUUCCUAAAGAUGAGGCUUCCGUGUACAAGAUUUGCAGAGAAAUGUAUGACGAUGGAGUGGGUUUACCUUUUCAAAGUCAGCCUGACCUUAUUGGAGACAAGUUAGUAGGGGGGCUACUUUCUCUGAGCCUGGAUUACUGCUUUGUCCUAGAAGAUGAAGAUGGUAUAUGUGGUUAUGCUCUGGGCACUGUAGAUGUGACACCCUUUAUUAAGAAAUGUAAAAUUUCCUGGAUUCCCUUCAUGCAGGAAAAGUAUACCAAGCCAAAUGGUGACAAAGAACUCUCUGAGGCUGAGAAAAUAAUGUUGAGUUUUCAUGAAGAACAAGAAGUAUUGCCAGAAACUUUCCUUGCCAACUUCCCUUCUCUGAUAAAGAUGGAUAUUCACAAAAAAGUAACUGACCCAAGUGUGGCCAAAAGCAUGAUGGCCUGCCUCUUGUCUUCACUGAAGGCUAAUGGCUCCCGGGGAGCUUUCUGUGAAGUGAGACCAGAUGAUAAGAGAAUUCUGGAAUUUUACAGCAAGUUAGGCUGUUUUGAAAUUGCAAAAAUGGAAGGAUUUCCAAAAGAUGUGGUUAUACUUGGUCGGAGCCUGUGACAUUUGUUGGUACUAUGAACUGUCUAGGUCUCUUUGACACCACCUGUGGGUGGUGGUUGAGGUCUUUGUACAGUUUAGUCUUAGGAGCAGCAACAAAUCAACCAAUUGGAUUGGAAACAAAGAAGACUACGUAAAACUCACCCAUCACGCUUUCAGACUACUCACUGGUUGGAAGAAGAUAGUAUUGCUUUAAAUCUUGUGUGAAACAAAGAUGCGGGCCUCCUUUUGGAGUCUGGUGUUAGGUGCCGAGACCUCUUACAUGGGCUUAUAUAAGGAAGAGGUCUUCAAUAAAUGUAGUCAGCACUA